AUGGAUGUUGUCACCUUACUUAGCAAUAUGGACACUUUUCCCAACGUUUUUCCACCUGGUGGAAACAGUGGACUAAAUUCUGAAUCUGAGUCAAAAAUGUUAAUUGGUGAAAAGUUACAAUGUGACCAUCAUAAAACUAAUUAUCAGACUGUUGAAGUUGAACACACCAGAUUGCAGGGUGAGUACAUAAAGUUACAAAAUGAACUCAAGCGCCUAUUGAAUGAAAAGGAAAAAAUUCAGCUACUGCUUGAAAAGAUAAAAGGGGAAUUAGUAGAGAAAACUAAAGACUUAGAAGAAAUAAAACUUCAGAUGUUAACUCCACAAAAAUUGGAAUUGUUAAGAGCCCAAAUACAACAAGAAUUAGAAACUCCAAUGAGAGAAUGUUUACAGAAUCUGGAUGAAGAAGUGAAUUAUAGAGCCAAAUAUAAUAAGCUUCACUAUGAACAUACAUUUCUCAAGUCAGAAUUUGAGUAUCAGAAAGAAGAGUUUGCAUGCAUUUCAGAAUAAGAAAAAAUAAAAUUUGAAUCGAUUGCAAGACUGGAGACAGAUAAAGAAGAACUACAUAACCAGCUGUUUAGUGUUGAUCUCACAAGAGAUAACAAAUGAACGGAUCAACUUGUACAAGAAAAAGUCCAUUUGACUCAGAAAUUAAAAGGUUUAGAGGCUGAAGUACCAGAAUUAAGGGCUGAAAAAGAGAAUUCUAAUGCUUAGUUAGGAAAUAUCCAAAGAAUACAGGUACAACAGUUAGCUGAGAUGCACGCUACAGUUAAGUCCCUGGCUGAAAACAAGUCAACUAAGCUAUAGGCUGAAUGUUUGGGAAAAAAGCUACAAUCAAGCAAUGAACAAAAUACUUUAACCAGUAAAUUGCAUAAAGCUGACCAAGAAAUAAAUACAUUGACCAUUUCUGUUCCAGAUGAUCGGGCCGAACAACGAACCUGUCUUAUUUGUGGGGACCGUGCUACAGGCUUGCACUAUGGGAUCAUCUCCUGUGAGGGCUGCAAAGGGUUCUUCAAGCGGAGCAUUUGUAACAAACGGGUAUAUCGAUGCAGUCGUGACAAGAACUGUGUCAUGUCUCGGAAACAGAGAAACAGGUGCCAAUACUGCCGCCUACUCAAAUGCCUCCAGAUGGGGAUGAACCGGAAGGCUAUCAGAGAAGAUGGCAUGCCUGGAGGCCGGAAUAAGAGCAUUGGGCCAGUCCAGAUAUCAGAAGAAGAGAUCGAAAGGAUCAUGUCUGGACAGGAAUUUGAGGAAGAAGCCAAUCACUGGAGCAACCAUGGUGACAGCGACCACAGUUCCCCCGGGAACAGAGCUUCAGAGAGCAACCAGCCCUCCCCAGGCUCCACAUUGUCCUCCAGUAGGUCUGUGGAACUAAACGGAUUCAUGACAUUCAGGGAUCAGUACAUGGGGAUGUCUGUGCCCCCACAUUAUCAAUACAUACCACACCUUUUUAGCUAUUCUGGCCACUCACCACUUCUGCCCCCACAAGCUCGCAGCCUUGACCCCCAGUCAUACAGCCUGAUUCACCAACUGAUGUCAGCUGAGGACCUGGAACCGUUGGGCACACCCAUGUUGAUCGAAGAUGGAUAUGCUGUGACACAGGCAGAGCUGUUUGCCCUGCUCUGCCGCCUGGCCGAUGAGCUGCUCUUUAGGCAGAUUGCCUGGAUCAAGAAGCUGCCUUUCUUCUGCGAGCUCUCAAUCAAGGAUUACACGUGCCUCUUGAGCUCUACAUGGCAGGAGUUGAUCCUGCUAUCGUCCCUCACAGUUUACAGCAAACAGAUCUUUGGAGAGCUGGCUGAUGUUACUGCCAAGUAUUCGCCCUCUGAUGAAGAGUUACACAGAUUUAGUGAUGAAGGGAUGGAAGUGAUUGAGCGGCUCAUCUAUCUGUAUCACAAGUUCCAUCAGCUAAAGGUUAGCAAUGAGGAAUACGCGUGCAUGAAAGCAAUUAACUUUCUAAACCAAGAUAUCAGGGGUCUGACCAGUGCUUCACAGCUGGAACAAUUGAACAAGCGAUAUUGGUACAUUUGCCAGGAUUUCACUGAAUAUAAAUAUACACAUCAGCCAAACCGCUUUCCUGAUCUCAUGAUGUGUUUACCUGAGAUUCGAUACAUUGCAGGAAAGAUGGUGAAUGUACCCCUGGAACAGCUGCCCCUCCUCUUUAAGGUGGUGCUGCACUCCUGCAAGACAAGUGUUGUCAAGGAAUGA